UAAAGGUGGAGGGAGAUGAGUGAAGUUUUUCGAAGUGAUAACAAUAUAACCUAACAUUAAAAAACGAAGUCAUAAUAAUGAUAAAAUCAGAUUCUAUUAAAAACGCCGCCAUUUAUAUGCAUUUACGUUCAUAUAAAUAGGCAUUAUCUCAACACUUUCUCAUUCUCUACAAUCACACAACCAAAACUCUUUAUCCUUCCAAGACACACAGAGUAAAGAGUUAACGUAUAUAAUGGCAAACGGCGGCGAUCUUACCGCCACAGGAGCAUCCAUCGAACAAGAGUCUCCGGUGGUUCCUCCUCCUCCACGUGAAAUCCCCACCGCCAAUAUCCCUCCUCCAAGAUUCACCGCACCAAACAGAGUCAAUCUUACUGAAGAGAAUCAAUCUUUACUCAACUCAAUUCGCUCCUCAGCCGCCUUAACUCCUCAAGAAAGGAACACGUUGUUCAACUUAAUGACUAGCAGCGAAGAAAACGGUGCGGCUCAGUUUAGAGAGGUGGUCUCAAGAAGCGAUCUUCGGAGGAUGGCCUCGUUGCUGACGUCAGAUCUCGAUCGUUUCUUGGAGAUGGCAAGAAACAAGAACGGCUCCAACCGCAUACAGGAGCUACUCGGAAAAACAGAUGAGGUGGACACCUUCUUCGUUAACGCUAUCUCGCGCCGCUUCUUACACAUCAUGGCCGACUUGCACGCUUCCCGCGUUGCGAUGCAAGGGAUGCGAGUUUUCAGCCAGGCGAAGAAAGCAGCAAUGUACGACUAUGUUCUCCACCACGCGGUUAACCUGGCGUGUGACCGAGGCGGCUACACGGUGCUGAAACAAAUCAUAAACGACUGGUGCGCCUUAGGCCACUUUUUCUACAGAGACCAGCUCUUGUACAUAGUCGCGCUAAACGCUCUCCGCUUAAGCUACGAUCCUCAUGGGAACUACGUGGUCCAACACGUGCUUCGACUCAAUGACUUGCGUUGCACGCAUAACGUUUCAGUUAACCUCAGUGGCCAUUGCUUUGGCCUCUCGUUUACGAAGUUGGGAAGCUACUUCGUGGGGAAGCUUUUGGAUACUGAGGAGGCGGGAGAAGUUGUGGUGGGAGAGUUUUUGUGGUGUUAUGGAGAGAGCUUGGUGCAGCUGGCAAGGAGUGAGUUCGGGAGUUUCGUGGUGUGGAAGGCACUGAGAGUGAUGCAGGAGAGGAAUGGGGAUUUGUUUUGGCGUUUGGUGAAUAAGCUCAUGCCCUUUAUUCAGCUCUUGCGUGGACACAGAAUUGGAACAUUCCUGGACUCGCUUUGUUAGCUUGGUCACAGUGUCUGCAGGUUCUAUUGCUACGAUAUAUGCUGAAAGUUGUUAGAUUCUAUGGUUUGCUUAAUAAACUCUUGUAAUGAGAUUUGUCACUAAUGAUUGUAAACCAUCUUCAUUCGAUUCAAUAUAACACAAAGUGAGUGCAAAUGGAUUAUUAGCAUUGCCUUAUGACCAUGAUCAUGAGGAAGAACCAAAAAGCUUGUUGGUGGAUUCAGUCAUUCACAAAUGUAUUGGAAGAACAAAAAAAAGAGAGAGGAAUUAAUUCAUUUCAAACAUAUCGAGGAAAAGACUGGACCAACAUAAGUAAAACCUGCAGGUUUGAAAAAUUUAAAUUAUCUUGACAAUUUUAAAAUUUGAACUAUUAUAUAAAUUACUAUUAUUGUUUUAAUUAACAAAUCUUAAUUGUAGUUAAUAUGGUGAAUGAGAUUACGUAUGAGCCUUUACAUGCUUACACUGAUGGAUUUUUUAAUAUAUUUUUCAUGUUCUACAACAUUUUCGUUAUAAGACUUUUAAUUAAAGUUAUUUACAGUCAAUGUUGAAAAUUUUACUUCCAAAAAUGAAUUUAUAAAUAAUAAGAGAAUUUCUACCAAUAAUAAAGAAACACACAAAGAAAUUCCCUAGAUGAUUUUAUCACUCAUUACAUGAUGAAGAAAUUGGAGUUGAAAAAAACAAUUUUCUAAGGAUAAUUUGAAGUAGCCGAAUUUGAAACUUGCUACUUUGGAAGCAAUCAAAUCUUUAGAAAGACUUAAUUUUUUUUAUAAAGGAGGAAAAUGUAUGAGUGAUUUGAAAAAAAAGGUAUACGUUAGCCUGCCAAAUCUCUUAAAGUUACUAGGUAGCCUCCUUGCUAGUUUCAAACAAAUCAGUAAUCUUAACUAAUCACUAAUCUUCUCCUUGUUAUUAUAAUUUACUUUAUUAAUUUAGCAAUAAUUAGAUAUGAUUGUGUUUGAUUGUUUUUAUUAGUUUCAAAUAUGUUAAGUUAUAUUUGAGAUUUCGUAAAUAGCGUACCUAAGCUAAUAAUAAGAGAUAUAUUUUAAUUAGUGCUGACAUAUUUGUAUUUUAACUAAAACUUAAACCUAUAAAACAAAUAUACAAUCUAAAUAUUAUCUUUAAGACAAUAUAUAGCCACAUAUAUACAAUCUACAUUAAUGAUACAAAAACUUCUCAAAGACAAAAAAACAGUUUUAUAAAAACAAUAUAAGUUAUAAAAUAUAUUAUAUUUUUUAUAAAAUUAAUUUAUGUGAGAUAUCACGCAUGCAUGUUCAUUACUUAGUAAUAUUAUAAUUAUGUUAAAAAGAAUAUUUGUUUACUCUUGCAAUUAUUUCUAUUUAUUUUUCAUGGUUUCAACAGUUUCACACAUCAUCUUGUUAUCUCAUAAUCCAAUUUAUCCUCAAAUUUGUUUUAUUAAACCUUUAUUUUUUAUAAUAAUCAAUCUAGUAGACGAGUUUAUUAACAAAAACUCAGUAGUGGUGCAUGCAUGUCUCCUAACAUGAAUUAUAAAGGUGGAGGGAGAUGAGUGAAGUUUUCAAAGUAGUAACAAUAUAACCUAACAUCAAAAACGAAAUCAUAAUGAUAAAAAUUAGAUUCUAUAAAAUGGAAAUCAAAGAAUACUCCAGCAACGUCGCCAUGUUGUAUUUACGUUCAUAUAAAUAGGCAUCAUCAUUCAUCACUCCACAUAUCUCAACACUUUCUCAUUCUCUCCAAUCACACAACCAAACCCCUUCAU